CAGGUGAACAUUUAAAGCAGCAGCUUGUUGAGAAGUUCUCCAAUAAGGCGGAAAGGGCUGCACUUACCGCACUUAACAAGGCCAAAAGGGCAUACGCACGCACGCGAGAAAGCGCAGCAGCCAAGGCACAAAUUCAAGAUCAUUUGAAUGUCUUUUUGGAAGCUUCAUCAAUCCUUUCUUGACCACCUCGUCCAUAUAUUCAGCAAGAUGAAGCUCAACUUCGCCAACCCGGCUACGGGAGCGCAAAAGUCAUUCGAAAUCGACGAUGACCGCCGUACACGUAUCUUUUGGGAUAAGAGAAUGGCCCAAGAAGUAGAGGUCGACGCUUUGGGUGAUGAAUUCAAAGGUUACGUCGUCCGUAUCGGAGGCGGUAACGACAAACAAGGUUUCCCAAUGAAGAAUGGUGUUUUGGUCCCAAACCGUGUUCGUCUUUUGUUGGGUGAAAACUCUUCAUGCUACCGUCAACGCCGUACCGGUGAACGUCGCCGUAAGUCCGUUCGUGGUUGCAUUGUUGGCCCCGACAUGCAAGCUCUUCACUUGAUCAUCGUCAAGCAAGGUGAACAAGAUAUCCCAGGUUUGACCGAUGCCGACAGUGUUGUACCAAAACGUUUGGGUCCCAAGCGUGCCAACCACAUCCGCAAAUUCUUCAACUUGACCAAGAAAGAUGAUGUCCGUCAAUUCGUCGUUCGUCGUGAAGUUACCGGAAAGAAGGAAGGUGCUAAGCCAUACACCAAGGCACCAAAGGUCCAACGUUUGAUCACCGCUUCUCGUUUGCAACGCAAGCGUCAUUUGCGCUCCCUCAAGGUUCGCAAAUCCGAACAACAAAAAGCACAAAAGGAAGAGUACGCCGUAUUGUUGGCCAAACGUCAAGGAGAAUUCAAGGCCGAACGUGCAGCCCGCAAAGCAGAACGUGUUGCUCGCAAGGACAAGGCUGGAAGCAUUGGUGCCAAGGCUCAAGCUUAAACAGUUUCCUUCCCUCGAUCAUUCGUUUACGUAUAACAUAUGCACGCAUCUAUUCAUCAUGUUUAAAAAAUACUUUACAUCAGGCUUCACUGCUUCGAUGACCAUCAUAUCGUUUGCGUUCCUGCAAUCGGGUACCGUUUGUGGAUACGCACACGUUAGCUCAUGUACCAUGACUUCAUACAUUCUAUGCUGAAAUGCAUAAAAAUUGACCG